GGCGGCGCCGGGCAUGAGGCGCGGCGGCUCCGCGGGGCCGCGGCUCCUGCGCGGCUGCCUCUGCCUGCUCGGGCUGCCGCUGGUGCUCGGCGCUGCGCAGCCAGAGUCCAAAGUCUUUCUCAUCUACAACACGGGCCUGCAGAGCUGCCUGGAGACCAAGGACUCGCUGGUGAGGCUGGCCAAGGCCUGCAACACCAGCUCUCCGGCCCACCAGUGGAAAUGGGUCUCGAGGAACCGACUCUUCAACGUGGGCGCCAUGCAGUGCCUGGGGGUGUCGUGGCACGGGGCCAAUGCCUCCACGGGCAUGCACCCGCUGGCCACCUACGAGUGCGACCGCGAGUCCGUCAACAUGCGCUGGAGCUGCCGCAGCCUCAGCGAGCAACUCUCGCAGCACCUGGGCACCCGGGCAGCCAAUUCCUCCAUGGCAUCCGCUGACCGGGGCGACCAGGCCCGUGGCUCACAGUGGCGCACCUACGGCACCGAGGACGAUCUCUGCUCCGUGCCCUACUCUGAGAUUUACACCAUUCAGGGCAACUCACAUGGGAAGCCCUGCACCAUCCCCUUCAAAUACGACAACCAGUGGUUCCACGAAUGCACCAGCACGGGCCGUGAGGACGGCCACCUCUGGUGCGCCACCACCCAGGACUACGGCAAGGAUGAGCGAUGGGGCUUCUGUCCCAUUAAGAGCAACGACUGUGAAACCUUCUGGGACAAGGACCACCUCACCAACAGCUGCUACCAGUUCAACUUCCAGUCGACGCUCUCAUGGCGAGAGGCCUGGAAUAGCUGCGAGCAGCAAGGUGCCAACCUGCUGAGCAUCACCGAGAUCCAUGAGCAGACCUACAUCAAUGGGCUGCUGACGGGCUACAGCUCCACGCUCUGGAUUGGUCUCAAUGACUUGGACAUCAAUGGCGGCUGGCAGUGGUCGGACAACUCGCCGCUCAAGUACCUCAACUGGGAGAGCGACCAGCCUGACAACCCCAGCGAGGAGAACUGCGGCGUGAUCCGGACCGAGUCGUCGGGGGGCUGGCAGAACCGCGACUGCGGCAUCGCCCUCCCCUAUGUCUGCAAGAAGAAGCCCAACGCCACCGCCGACCCCUUCGCCACGGACUCGUGGUCGGAGGUGAAGGUGGACUGCGAGCCCAGCUGGCAGUCUUUCCAGUCCAACUGCUACCGCCUGGUGGGAGAGAAGAAAAGUUGGCAGGACGCGAAGAAGACCUGCCUGCGGAGCGGGGGGGACCUGGUGAGCAUCCACACCCUCUCCGAGCUGGAGUUCGUCACCAAGCAGAUCAAGCAAGACGUGGAAGAGCUGUGGAUUGGCCUGAAUGACCUGAAGCUGCAGAUGAACUUCGAGUGGUCAGAUGGGACGCCAGUGAGGUUCACCUACUGGCACCCCUUCGAGCCCAACAACUUCCGCGACAGCCUGGAAGACUGUGUGACCAUUUGGGGCCCGGAAGGGAGGUGGAACGACAGCCCGUGUAACCAGACCCUGCCGUCCAUCUGCAAAAAGCCCGGCCGGGUGAGCCAGGAGAAGGAGGAGGACGAUCACGGGUGCCGAAAGGGCUGGAAGUGGCACAGUCCCUCCUGCUACUGGCUCGGCGAGGACCGCGUGCCCUACGGCGACGCUCGCCGGACGUGCUCCGACCACGGCUCCACGCUGGUCACCAUCACCAACAGGUUCGAGCAGGCCUACGUGAGCAGCCUCAUCUACGGCUGGGAGAGCGAGUACUUCUGGACGGCGCUGCAGGACAUCAACGGGACAGGCGCUUUCCGCUGGCUGAGCGGCGACGAGGUCACCUACACCCACUGGAACCGCGACCAGCCCGGUUACGAUAAAGGCGGUUGCGUGGCCCUGGCCACCGGCAGCUCCGUGGGGCUGUGGGAGGUGAAGAACUGCAGCACCUUCAAGGCCAAGUACAUCUGCCGGCAGAACCUGGGCACGCCGGUGAACCCCGAGCUGCCAGCACCCUACCCCACACCCAGCCUCAGCGGCUCCUGCCCCCAGGGCUGGAGCUCGGACGCCAAACUCCGUCACUGCUACAAGGUGUUUAACUUUGACAAACUGCAAGAGAAGAAGACGUGGAUCAUGGCGCAGGAGUUUUGCCGGGAGCUGGGGGCCCAGCUGCUGAGCCUGGGCAGCUACGAGGAGGAGCACUUCGUGGCCAACACCCUCAACAAGAUCUUCGGCGAAGCGGAGCCGGAGAUCCACGAGCAGCACUGGUUCUGGAUCGGCCUGAACCGGCGGGACCCCGCAGGAGACAGGAGCUGGCGCUGGAGUGACGGGCUGGGGUUCUUCUACCACAACUUUGACCGCAACAACUACGACGACGACGACAUCCGGGACUGCGCCGUGCUGGACCUGGCCUCCUUGCAGUGGAUGCCGAUGCAGUGCGAAUCCCAGCUGGACUGGAUCUGCAAGCUGCCCAAAGGCGCCGAUGUGAAGGAACCGGAGAUCACGACGCAAGGCAGCAAAGAGUGGGUGAAGUACCAGGACGCGGAGUACAAGUUCUUCGAGCAUCACUCCAUGUGGGUGCAGGCCCAGCGGAUCUGCACCUGGUUCCAGGCCGAGCUCGUUUCGGUGCACAAUCAAGCUGAGCUGGAUUUCUUGGGCCAGAACCUGAAGAAGUUCUCCAGGGGCCAGGAGCAGCACUGGUGGAUCGGGCUGCACACCUACGAGAACGACGGGCGAUUCAAGUGGUCCGACGGCUCCCUCCUCAACUUCAUCUCCUGGGCACCAGGCAAGCCCCGGCCCAUCAGCAAGGACAAGAAGUGUGUCUACAUGACGGCCAGCAGAGAGGACUGGGGCGACCAGAAGUGCCUGACUGCCCUGCCGUACAUCUGCAAGCGGAGCAACGCCACGGCGGUGAAGCCCUCCCCGCCGCCGCUGCCCGGCCCCGCCAGCGGCGGCUGCCCCCGCGGCUGGUUUCCCUUCCUCAGCAAGUGUUUCAGCUUCAACGGCCACGACAAAUCGGAGAUCGUGAAGUGGCCGGAGGCGAAGCAGGCGUGCGAGAACCAGGGUGCUGUGCUGGCCACCAUCUCCAACCACCUGGAGCAGGCUUUUAUAACGUCCAUGCUCCCGAACAUCUCCUUUGACCUGUGGAUCGGCCUCCAUGAGGCCAAGAAGGAGUUUCGGUGGGUGGAGGCAGAGCCCCUCCGGCACGUCAGCUGGGCCCCCGGUGAGCCCUCGGGCUACGGCACGUCCGGCGCCAGCAGCGACAAGCCGAGCAACUGCGUGGUGGUGUGGCACGGCUUACCACCACACUUCACCGGCCGCUGGGACGACCGCGGCUGCCUGGAGGAGAAGCACGGCUACAUCUGCCAGCGCCCCUUAGACCCGUCCCUGAGCCCCCGGCGGCCGCCACCGCCGCCGCCCGCCGGCCCCGUCUCCUACCGCAACAGCAGCUACCGGCUGCUGCAGAAGCCGCUGCGGUGGCACGAGGCGCUGCUGCUCUGCGAGAGCCUCAACGGCAGCCUGGCCAGCGUGCUGGACCCCUACAGCCAGGCCUUCCUCACGCAGGCCGUCAGCGGGCUGCGGGCCCCGCUCUGGAUCGGGCUGGCCAACGACGAGGGCGGCCGGAGCUACGGCUGGUUCACGGAGGAGAGCUUCUCCUACGCCAACUGGCAGGACGGGGAGCCGCGGCAGGCGGCCGGCUGCUGCUACAUGGACGCCGACGGGACGUGGCGCACGGCCGGCUGCGACGCCAAGCUGCAGGGCGCCAUCUGCGAGCUGGGCGCAGGCGCCCCCCGGACCCACAAGUGGAGCUACAGCGGCAGCUGCCCCAAGUCGCUGGAGGACUCCUCCUGGAUCCCCUUCCGGGACCACUGCUACACCUUCCACAUGGAGAUCACCCUGGGGCAGAAGGACGCCGUGAGGAGGUGCCAGAAAGUGGGCGGCACGGUGCUGUCCAUCCAGGACGAGACGGAGAACGUCUUCGUGUGGGAGCACCUCCAGGCCUACGAGGGCCCGUCCAAGGGCGCCUGGCUGGGCAUGACGUUCAACCCCAAAGGAGGCACCUUGGUGUGGCACGACAACACCGCCGUGAACUACUCCAACUGGGGCCAGCACGACACGGGGCCCAGCAUGCUCAGCCAGAACAGCUGCUACUGGAUCCAGAGCAGCAACGGCGUGUGGCGCCUGGGCUCCUGCACCAACGUCACCAUGGGCGUCAUCUGCAAAAUCCCCCGGGUUGAGGAGAGCAGCUUUUCCCGGUCAGCUCUGCCGGAGAACACGACCGCCAUCGCCGUGGUGGUGCUGUCGACGCUGGCGCUGUGCGCGCUGCUGGGCACGGCCGCGUACCUGUACAAGCGGCGGCGGAGCGCCGAGCGGGGCGCCUUCGAGAGCGCCCGCUACAGCCGCACCACCUCCAGCCCCAGCGAAUCCGCCGAGAAGAACAUCCUGGUGUCGGACAUGGAGAUGAACGAGCAGCAAGACUAACGGCGGCGGUGGGGCAGGACGGGCGACGGGGCCGGGGCCGGGAGGGGGUGGGGGGGAGGGACGGGGGUCGCCAUAGCAGGCUCUCCCCCCGCACGCCGGGCGCCGCGGGGGGCAGCGGCGUGGGGCAGCGGUGUGGGGCAGCGGCGUGGGGCCGGCCGCCCGGGCCCGCCUCGGCACCGCCGACGGCGCUUCGGCCGCUCGCGGUCCCUCGGGUCGCUGCGGGCUCGUCCCGCCCGGCGGCGGCUGCUGGGAGCAGCCGGGGAGGAGGUUUCAGGGUUCAAAUUUUAGAAGGGAAGUUGCCCCCCCCCCACCCCACGCACACUCAAAAGAGCUUCCCCGCGGCCGGACCAGGCUCCGAGACACCUUCCCCUCGGGAGAAGGCGAGCGCAGGCGUUCAGGGCCCUGCCGUGGCCCCCAGGGCCUCGUUCCCCCCCCCUCCCCUACACCCCUUUCCCGAGGAAACGAGCCGGUGUCCGAGAAGACAUCGCCUCCCGGGCGAGAGGUCUCCAAAGCCAAUCUACCUCCCCUGCACGCGCAGAGGUAAGGCCUCCCCCCUUGCCGGGCGCGCGCGAGCCGCGCCGGCCUCCCGCAGCGGAGACGCCCCGGCGGCCUGAGCGCGGCGUCCCCCCCGUCCCGUCCCGUCCCAUCCCGUCCCCAUCACCAGGACCCCCUGUCCGCCCCCCCCUCCCCUGCCGCAGCCUCCCGCCCCUCCGGCCCCCGUCCGGAGCAGCCGCCCGCCGUCGGCUCAGCGCCCGGGCCGAACCGCCGAGCGGUCCGUGCGCGCGCGCGGGGGCCGCUCGGGGGCUCGGUGCCGCCCGCCGCGCCGGCGAGCGCGAAGGGAGGUCGGAUGGGGCCCGCUUUGGAUGUUUUGGUGGUAUUUUGGAGUCUUUUUUUUUUUUUUUUUUUUUUUUUUAAGGAAACGAUAGCUUUUUGCUAUGCUGUAUUGAGUGCGUGCUGAAUAUAUACCUUCUUUCACACAGACGACUGGGGUGUUUGUGGUUGCCUGUUUCGCACGUACGCUGUAGCUAGGGCGGAGGAAGGCAGCGCGUGGCUAAGCCCCCUCUUCCUCGCCUCGGAGCAGCGCCGUCGGAGAGGCGCGGGGCCUCGAGCCGAGGCGUCCCGCUCCCCCGGCCGGCCGCGGCGGCCUCCCCUUCGCUGGGGUCGGCCCGGAGGACGCCCGGGGACGGCGCGAGCCGGGGGGGUCCCCUGCGGGCGCCGGGCCGCCAAAGAGCCCCUCGGGAGCGCGGAAGCAAAAGCCGGCAGAGCCCCUGCCAAAGCGACCUUUCAUUUAGCCCUCUGCCCCCGAGGGGCGCGUAUUUUUGUGCUAAAGACAACAGGAAGCAACUCGUCUGUGUAACUCGAGGGCACCGGUGCGGACUUUAGUUUGAUUUCACUUAAGCUGGACAUUAAGUGUUUAAGAAAUUGUCUGUGGGGGGAGCGGGUUGGGUGAGAAGCAAGAGAUUGUUGGAUUUUCGUUUACGUUUUGGCAACGCUCUGAAGCUGCCAGGACAGCGCGCAGGCGAGGGACGGGGUGGAGAGCGUGGGCCGCCCCGCUGCCCUUCCUCUGCCGUGGCUUUCUCGGCAUCUGCUUCCCGCCGGCCUUCCCUGCGUUGGAGCCGCCGGAGCGCCGGGCUGGGGCCACCCCUCUCCUGGAUUAGCAGAGCUGCAGGGAAGUCCCAGCAGGAGGCUGAGGCUGAGGGUGGGAUGCAAGAGGGGCUGAAGAGCUACACUGAUGUCCGGAGGGGCAGCCCGGCGGUGUCGGGGCUCAUUUAAAGACCUGGGGUGGGCUCAGAGCCAGGACGGCCGUGAAUUAUCUGCCCCGGAGAGGCAAGAAGUGCCGGCGGGGUCGGAAGGGAGGUCCCAUGGCUCAGUGGUGAGGGAGGAAUCGUGCAGCCCUACCUGAUAACACUUUUUAAGGGCGUUUUCUUUUUCUUUUUUCUUGAACAAUUUCAUUCCUCUUUUCUUCUUCUUUAGUUUCAAGAAAAGAAAUUUGUACAAACCAGGGGAAAUUCUGUAUGAAAGGAAUUCUGGCCUCUGUUGGCAGUGAUCAGGAUGACGGGGAAAACACAUAUAUGGUUAAGUGGUAUCUCCUAUCACCAUUAGAAUAAUGUGAAGAUUUGCUUAAAAGGACCUUGUCAAUUAUACAUACAUUUAUAUAUAUAUAUAUAUAAAAUAUAAAAUAUAUAUA